CAAUGCAUAGUAUGAAGGCGCGAGUUAGGAUAGGAUUUUCAAACGUUUGGUAACGGGCGGCACCGGCGGUUCCGCGGCACCGCCUUUGUUAAAACUGUGAUUUCUGCCAGAGUAAUCUACGUAUUCAUCAAGGCAAGGCUGUCAGAUCACGAAGUUAACUGUGGCACACGCCACUUUUGCAAGUAGUUCGAUAUCAGCCCACCAUGGCACCAACAGUGUCGAAACUUUCAUUGGUCGCCCAGUUUGACGAUUUCUGCAGAAGAGUCACGGCAACCGACACCGCGACAGAAGAGCGUUUUUUAGAGUUUGUACGAAACCAGGAAGAGUGUCGCAAGCGAUGGAAUGCCACAGCUAUUGAGAAUGCUGAGCUGAAAAAAGUUGUUGCCUCCCAGAAUGCAAGCAUCAUGGAGCUCGAGAGAAAGCUGACCAACACAAAACAAGUCUUGCAGAAGGAGCUUCGUCGCAGAGAAAAAUGUGAAGAAGAGCGAGACGCAAAACAACGGCAGCUCGAGCUUAUCAGAGAAUUUAUCAUGAAUGAUACUGAGCUCCGUGACGAGACCAUUGAGAAACUUCCGUUCCUCAGGCCUACCGCUGAAGACAAACAGGAUUACACAGACAGGCUGGGCACCAUCGACGAGUCUGUAGGUUCUGCGCUUUCGCCUUCUGGCGACGACUUGGAUAUCAGUGACGAAGGUAGCCGUCGUAGGAGCUCCCGCUUAGGGGGACGAGGAAAGCGUCGAUCCAGUGCAGAGCGCAUUUUAGAAGGUGGAUCUCCAGUCAAGAAGAAGUCCAAGGGACAUGAUGAGAAUGACCCAACUUGUGCAAACGUGAUUGCUACAACAACUGUCACGUUGAGGGACGGAAAGGACCUUGUGGCAACCUCCCGAGUGUUCACUCAGCCUUUGACGCCAGCACCGAGUGCACCACCACCACCACCACCUACACCUUCUUCAGAGACUACUCCAGCAAUCGUGGUCACCCCUAAAUUCACUAGUGGCUCUGCACCCAGCACACCUGUCAGUCAGCGUCGUGGUGACAAAGGCUUGGAAACUACAACGCCAAAAAGGAGCAAUUCUGCUGGGAAGCUGCUCUCCAGAGAGCAUACUUUUUGCCCCAAAACAGUCAUCAAGUCUGAGAGCUGCGGCCCAUGUGGCAAGCGCAUCAAGUUCUACAAGACUGCAUACAAAUGCAACCGCUGCCGCUCAGUCUGCCAUCCAGAGUGUAAAGAUCAGGUACCUUUGCCUUGCAUUACGGCCAGCCAGACACCUACACAAGGGGGAGCUGCAGGCCGCCGGGGCACAAUUAUUUCUGAUCAUGCGCCAUCCAUGCCUCCAAUGGUUCCUGCUCUCGUUAUCCACUGCAUACAAGAGGUGGAACGACGAGGGCUGCGAGAUGUCGGACUCUAUCGGAUACCUGGGGCAGAGCGAGAAGUACGUGAAUUGAGACAACAGUUUGAACGAGGCAAGGGUGUACCCAAUAUGUCCAAGGCCGACAUUCAUGCUGUGUGUGGUGUCCUGAAAGAUUUCCUGCGGUCGCUACGUGAAAGUCUCAUCGUCAAGUCUCUUUGGAAGACAUUCGUUGAUGCAGCACAGCUGGAUGAUGGCGACCGCAUGUGGGCCACGUGGCAGGCAGUGAUGCAGCUGCCGCAGCCAAACAGAGACACACUGGCUGCACUGGUGCUGCACCUGCAGAAUGUGGCCUGCCAUCCUGAGACCAAAAUGCCUAUCAGCAACUUGGCACGUGUCUUUGGACCAACUAUCGUGGGGUUUUCUGCCAAUGACAUGACAGCAGUACCUCACUUGCUGGCAGAAACUGAGCAGCAGGCACAGGUGAUGGAAGCACUCAUGAGUGUGCCUGCAGACUAUUGGGCACAACUGUUGGAUGUGGAUAGUGACGAGGAUCUUGGCACCCCUGAGACAAGAACUACACCAGGAAGCACAUUGCUGGGUCCAAUCUAUGGUUCUGUUGGUAAAAAAAACUCUCGAUUGACACCAAAAAGACCAACGCCAGCUAGUUGCAAUAGACUUGGUAGUAGCGCAAGCGCCAAGAACCAGAGGAAUCUUGCCAAAGGGAAUUCAUCUGGUUCGAAGAGGAUCAAUUUUUAUUCACCUAUUAUGAAAUGACCUGGGCACACCCAAAGCCUGUAUUAUUUUUAUUUGCCUAUCAGGAAAUAAAAGUGUACAAGAACAA